AUGCGAAUGAUUAUCGGGGGGUCCGGGAGAGGCGGGGGGGCGGCCGGGAAUAUCCGAGCAGGAAUCAAACUCUUCAAGUUCUCGAAGCGUUUCCACGCCACGGGACGAGGGGAGGCCGGUCUGUCCCGCUUCGCCGCUUUCCGCGGGCUGGGGGGACCCCUGCCGUCGCUUGGAUCCACCCGCCCCGGGACGUCGUCGGCCCCGCUCCCCUCCUCCGGGACCCCGCGCUUCGCCAGGAUCGCCGAGGGGCCGGCCGGGAUGCGGUAUCCGGUCUCCGGCCGCCCGGGCUCCCGGGGCCGCUACCCGCGGCGGGCGCUGCGGGCCGGCCGUAGCGUCCACUUCCCCAACGCCGUCCUCUUCCUGGACCACAUCCGCCAGGGAGACCUGGAGCAGGUGGGCCGCUUCAUCCGGGCCCGCAAGGUCACGCUGGAAACCAUCUACCCCUCGGGUCUGGCCGCCCUGCACGAAGCCGUGCUGUCGGGGAACCUGGAGUGUGUGAAACUGCUCGUCAAAUACGGGGCCGACAUCCACCAGCGGGACGAGACGGGAUGGACGGCCCUCCACAUGGCCUGCAGCGACGGUUACCCCGACAUCGCCAGGUACCUCAUCUCGCUGGGCGCCGACACGGACGCCGUCAACGAUGACGGCGACUCGCCCUCCGCCCUCGUCGACCCCGAGAACCAGGAGCUGGUGGACCUCUUCAAGGGGGCCGCGGUGGUCUGAGAAGACCCCCGACCCCGGGCCCCCCGACCGGGCCCGAGGGAGAGGAGGCGAGGACGAGCGCGGCCGGAACGUGUGCGUGUGUAGAGACCGUAGGCUGUUUGACCGCUGAGGUGGUUGUCGCACUCCCCGCCCCGC